GCUGUUCUUGUUUUGCUUCUCUUUUUUUCACCCGUUCUUUUCCUCCGGGGUCUGGAUAAACCGACCGGGGAAAAAAAAAAUAAACGCAGCGAAACUGAAAUUGUAUUAAAUUCUAGCGGAGAAACGCGCCAGCUCUGCCUCGAGAGCGCCCUCACACAUCACCGCGGACCACAUUUCUUCCAAAUUGGAGCCGUCUUCCGCCGACAUCGAGCGAAGAGGUGUAGCCGAUCCCAGGCCUCCAAUCCAGGGCGGAGGGAGGGAAGGAGGUCGCUGGGAAUCGGGAUGGAGACCGGAGAGGGUGCUGGCGGGCCUGGCGGGCCGGACGGCCCGGACGGACCUGGCGGGCCGGACGGACCGGGGCUCCAGUUUGGCUGUGCCUCUUUCAACCAAGACUCCACGUCACUGGCUUUGGGAACAAAGACCGGCUACAAGCUGUUUUCUCUGACCAUGGUGGAAAAACUGGACUGUAUCCAUGAGAGUGGGUCCCUGUCCCUGCCUGUCUGUCUGUCUGUUUCCUGUUCUCCCCCAGCAGAGACUCCAGAUGUCUACAUCGUGGAGCGUCUGUUCUCCAGCAGUCUGGUAGUCGUGGUAAGCACCACCAUGCCGCAGCGAAUGAACAUCUACCACUUCAAGAAGGGGACGGAGAUCUGUAACUACAGUUAUCCCAACAACAUUCUGGCUGUUAAGCUCAACAGACAGAGGCUCGUGGUGUGCCUUGAAGAGUCCAUUUAUAUCCACAACAUCAAAGACAUGAAGCUCCUCAAGACUCUGCUCAACACUCCGUCCAACCCCUCAGGUCUCUGUGCUCUAUCUAUCAGCCAUUCCAACUCCUACCUGGCGUACCCCGGCAGCGCCACCAUUGGGGAGAUCAUAGUGUAUGAUGCCAACAAUUUGAACACAGUGACCAUGAUCCCGGCUCAUGACAGUCCUCUGGCAGCUCUCACCUUCAACGCCUCGGCCACCAAACUUGCCAGUGCCUCAGAAAGGGGCACCGUCAUCCGGGUCUUCUCCAUCCCCGAGGGCCUGCGUUUGUUUGAGUUCCGUCGGGGCAUGAAGAGGUAUGUCAAUAUAAGCUCUUUAUCCUUCAGCCCUGAUGGCCAGUUCCUCUGUGCAUCCAGCAACACAGAGACUGUGCAUAUCUUUAAACUAGAGCAGCUGGGACUAAGUGGAGGGGAUGAGGCUGCCACCUGGACAGCCUACAUGGGGAAGAUGAUCUCCGCAGCCAGCAGCUACCUCCCUGCUCAGGUGUCUGGCAUGAUGAGCCAGGACCGGGCGUUUGCCACCGUUCACCUCGUCACAUCGGGCCAGAGGAACGUCUGCACCCUAGCUAUGAUCCAAAAGCUUCCGCGGGUCCUGGUGGCCACAGCUGACGGCCAGCUGUUCAUCUACAACGUGGAUCCACUGGAUGGAGGAGAGUGCAUGUUAGCCCACAAACACAGGCUUUUUGGUAUUGAUGAAGACCCGGGCGAGGGAACCGAGUCGGAAGGGUCAGAGGUCACAGGGACAGCGCAGGCUUGUCCAUCCUACGCUGCGACCGCUGCCUUACCAGCCUCUGGUCCCGUCACUGCAACCCUCACUGGCUACUCUGAAGAUGGCGGGGCAAAGAAAGGCGAGGUCAUUCCAGAACACGAGUUCGCUGCUGGCCCCGUGUGUCUGGACGACGAGAACGAGUUUCCUCCUAUUAAUUGGUGCCGAGACGGGACUGGAGGUGGCCAGGCCAGGCGCUCGUGAAUGGGUAGAAGGACAGAUGGCCAAACAGACAGACAGGCGCUGGCAAGUGGGAUGAACGAGCAUUAAAAAAUAAAAAUAAAAAAAGUC